UACUAAAAGUCGGUGAUCGUAGCCGAGCCCUGCACGAUUGGCGCGUCUGAGCCUCCACCACAUGAACAGCGAAUGCACCUCGGGAAAUUCAGAGCGACCAGCGGUUGGAGACGGGGAGCUGGACGAUGAAGGAUGCCGCUGCUUGGUUCUACGGAUACAUGCUGUCUCGACUACUGCUACCGCAUGCCCGUCCAUGGCAGCCGACAGAGGCCAUUCCGACCAGCACACCGGCGGCGGGCAUCGAUCCAUGGGCAACUACGGUCAAGGCUGUGCUGCUACAAAGUGAGGCUUGGCUGCGCUCCUUGCCGGUACCACGCACACCCACUUGGGGAGCGCGCGCUCUGCAAAUCUGCUGCGGUUGCCCUUUUCUUGACAGCCCCGCGCAAACACGGAGGCUUACACAGCCGAUACAAUCUGAAUCUGAAUCUGAAUCUGAAUCUGAUACCGUCCCCAGGAGUGAUCGCGAUCGCGACAGUCAGGCAAUUGGGCACUUCAUGCGAGUUCGUCUUUUACUGUACUCCCGCUUCUUCGCCGUCUGCUCGGCGACUUUCCUGAGCACCCUUUGCCCCUCUUGCCCCACGUGAUUCCCAGGGGCCGUACCUCGCCGCCUACACCCGUACAGGCUGUCUCGAAGGCAACCCUCCCAAACGACGCAAUACUCCUUUCACGACAGCAUACAUUCACUUUAAGCCAGCAUAUACCCCGAAAACAGGUGUAUAAAUGAACUCGACCACCUUCAGAACCCCUUCUCCAGCAUCGGCGCCUGCCAACGGACAAAACAAUGUCAAUGGCAACUACACUCCACGCGUCGUUCCUCUCACGUAUGCAAUUCCUUUCCAAUGACUGGACUGAAUGCUAACAUUUAAC